UGCCAGGAAUAGGAUGAUGUGCUGCAGGCGCAGCAGCGCAGAGCACACCGCAUGUACCCCCAGAGUUCCCAUCGGUUCCCAUUAGACAGCCGCCAUUUGCGGGGCGGCAGCAGGAGAGAGGAGCAGCAUCCUCUCUUCCGAUGCUCACACUCCCGUCUAGAGGAGAACGAAGGAAGGAGGGAAGAGGAGGGGCCUGCGCAGGAAGUCAGGCCAGGCAAAGGGAGCGCCUCUUCUCGGCUGGUGCGUUUCCUUGGAGAGGAGCUGCCGGUCGGUGCCCGGAGCGAGCGAAGAGCUCACUGGUGCCUCUUUCUGCCGGGAGCUGCACGAAGCUUCCUGAGGGAGGAGCUGGAGCUUCCGCACUGCUUGCGGAGGGGCAAAGAAGUGGCCCUUUUCUUCCCCACCGAGGGUGAUCUGGGAGAAGUCCAUGAAGAAGAAUCUGUGUGUCAAAGAAAUUGCUCCCUCAAGAGAAAACAAGAUCUUUAGUUUUUGCUGGAGAUUGCCUGGGAGCACAGAUUGAAGAUGGGGGAGAGAGAUUCUGGUGGCUCUGAAGCAGGCAAAAGCCCUGAUUCCACCCAGCCUGAGAAUAGUGGGGGAUUCUGGGAAAGGACCACACAGAAAAUCCUGAGCGGAGGCAACCUGAACUCGGAUGUACAAUGCCAGCACUUCAGGCAGUUCUGCUACCAAGAGGUUGAUGGGCCCCGAGAGGUUUGCAACCAGCUGUACAGCCUUUGUCAUAGGUGGCUGAUGCCAGAAAGACACACAAAAAAUCAGAUCCUGGACUUGGUGGUCCUGGAGCAGUUCCUGACCAUCCUACCCCCUGAGAUGGAGAGCUGGGUCAGAGAUUGCAGAGUGGAGACCAGUUCCCAGGCAGUGGCUCUGGCAGAAGGUUUCCUCCUGAGCCAGGCAGAGGAGAAGAAGCAGCUGGAAGAGCAGCAGAUUCCAGGACUGUUGUCGUUGACUCCUCCUGGUUUCUCUGAGGCAGAGAGGGCUGCAUUGGAUGCCAAGCAGAAGGCGCUGUUAUUGUGCCCAACGGGGGUAUUUUGGACUCAGAGGACCUUGUUUCUGUGUACUGGAAUGACUCUGCCCAUGGAUUCUCGGCCAUCUCUUCUUGCUGGUGGAGCAGAAGAGGCUUCAGUGCAACCAGAUCAGGGUCCGGUGACCUUUGAGGAAGUGGCCGUGCAUUUCACAGAGGAGGAGUGGGCUCUGCUGUAUCCAAACCAAAGAGCCCUGCACAGCGCAGUCAUGGAGGAGAAUUAUGAGACUGUGUCCUCUCUGGCAGGUAACAACUGGGAGAGUGAAAAUGAGAAAAAGCCUCAGAGAAGAUUGUUGGGAGGUGCUGGAAGGACAAUGAGGGAACAACAAGGAAUAAAAACUGUAGUUAAACAGAAGAAGAGGGAUAGAUCUCCUGCUUCUCAGCAUGGUGAAUUGCAUACAAUCACAAUCCAGGGAGGAAAGGAGAAAGUAGUAGAGAAAACGCUUUGCCCUUUCUACAGGAGUAGCUUCAGUUCUGAAUCCAGCCUUCAACCUCAGACGAUAAUACAUACAGAGGAGAAACCAUACAUAUGCUUGGAAUGUGGAAAAAGCUUCAGCGAGAGAGGAAUUCUCAGGAAACAUAAAAAAAUUCACACAGAAGAGAAACCAUAUAGUUGUUUGGAGUGCGGAAAGAGCUUCAGUCGCAGCACAAGCCUCACUACACACCAAAGGAUUCACACAGGAGAGAAACCAUAUACAUGCUUAGAGUGUGGAAGGAGCUUCAGUCAAAGUGCACAACUCACUGUACAUCAAAAGAUUCAUACAGGAGAGAAACCAUAUACAUGCUUAGAGUGUGGAAAGGGCUUCAGACUAAGGCCACAACUCACUGUACAUCAAAGGAUGCACACAGGGGAGAAACCAUAUAAAUGCUUGGAGUGCGGAAAGGGCUUCAGUCAAAGGGCACAUCUCACUGUACAUCAAAGGAUCCACACAGGAGAGAAACCAUAUACAUGUAUGGGGUGUGGAAAGGGCUUCAGUCAAAGUGCACAACUCACUGUACAUCAAAGGAUUCACAUAAAAGAGAAACCAUAUACGUGUUUGGAAUGUGGAAAGGGCUUUAGUCACAGGACAAGCCUGAUUUCACACCAAAGGAUUCACACAGGAGAGAAACCAUAUACGUGCUUGGAGUGUGGAAAGAACUUCAGUCAAAGGGCGCAUCUCACUUCACACCAAAGGAGUCACACAGGAGAGAAACCAUAUAAAUGCUUGGAGUGUGGAAAGGGCUUUAGUCACAGCACCAGCCUGGCUUCACACCAAAAGAUUCACACAGGAGAAAAACCAUAUACAUGCUCAGAGUGCGGAAAAAGCUUCUGUCAAAGUGCACAACUCACUGUACAUAAAAAGAUUCACAAAGAAGAGAAACCAUAUACAUGCCUGGAGUGUGGCAAGGGCUUUAGUCAAAGGGCACAACUGAAUGUACAUCAAAGGAUUCACACAGGAGAGAAACCAUAUAAAUGCUUGGAGUGUGGAAAAAGCUUCAGUCACAGCACAAGCCUGACUUCACACCAAAGGAUUCACACAGGAGAGAAACCAUAUAGAUGCUUGGAGUGUGGAAAAAGCUUCAGUCACAGCACAAACCUGACUUCACACCAAAGGAUUCACACAGGAGAGAAACCGCAUACUUGCUUGGAAUGUGGAAAGAGCUUUAGCCAUAAGAAGCACCUUACUUUACAUCGAAGGACUCACACAGGAGAGAAACCAUAUAGAUGCAUGGAGUGUGGCAAGAGCUUCAAGUGCGGAAAAAGCUGUCAAAAUGCACAACUCACUGUACAUAAAAAGAUUCACAAAGAAGAGAAACCAUAUAUAUGCUUGGAGUGUGGCAAGGGCUUUCGUCAAAGGGCACAACUGAAUGUACAUCAAAGGAUUCACACAGGAGAGAAACCAUAUAGAUGCUUGGAGUGUGGAAAGAGCUUUAGUCACAGCACAAGCCUGACUUUACACCAAAGGAUUCACACAGGAGAGAAACCAUAUAGAUGCAUGGAGUGUGGCAAGAGCUUCAGUAUCAACACGAGCUUGACUUCACACCAAAGGAUACACACAGGAGAGAAACCAUAUAGAUGCUUGGAGUGUGGGAAGGGCUUCAGUCACAGCAGGAGCCUGAUUUCACACCAUAAGAUUCACACAGGAGAGAAACCAUAUAGUAAACCAUACAAAUGCUUGGAAUGUGGAAAAAGCUUCAGCGAGAGAGGAAUUCUCAGGAAACAUCAAAAAAUUCACACAGAAGAGAAACCAUAUAGUUGUUUGGAGUGCGGAAAGAGCUUCAGUCAAAGUGCACAACUCACUGUACAUCAAAAGAUUCAUAUAGGAGAGAAAGCAUAUACGUGCUUGGAGUGUGGAAAGGGCUUCAGACUAAGGACACAACUCACUGUACAUCAAAGGAUUCACACAGGGGAGAAACCAUAUAAAUGCUUGGAGUGUGGAAAGGGCUUCAGUCAAAGGGCACAUCUCACUUCACACGAAAGGAUCCACACAGGAGAGAAACCAUAUAAAUGUUUGGAGUGUGGAAAGGGCUUUAGUCACAGCACGAACUUGACUUCACACCAAAGGAUUCACAAAGAAGAGAAACCAUAUACAUGCUUGGAGUGUGGAAAGAGCUUCAGUCAAAGGGCACAUCUCACUUCACAUGAAAGGAUCCAUACAGGAGAGAAACCAUAUGGAUGCUUGGAGUGUGGAAAAAGCUUUAGUCACAGUACAAGCCUGACUUUACAUCAAAGGUUUCACACAGGAGAGAAACCAUAUAAAUGCUUGGAGUGUGGAAAGAGCUUCAGUUACAGCACAAAACUGACUUUACACCAAAGGAUUCACACAGGAGAGAAACCAUAUAGAUGCUUGGAGUGUGGAAAAAGUUUAAGUAACAGCACAAAACUGACUUUACACCAAAGGAUUCACACAGGAGAGAAACCAUAUAGAUGCUUGGAGUGUGGAAAGAGCUUCAGUCAAAGGGCACAUCUCACUUCACAUGAAAGGAUCCAUACAGGAGAGAAACCAUAUACAUGCUCAGAGUGUGGAAAAAGCUUCUGUCAAAGUGCACAACUCACUGUACAUAAAAAUAUUCACAAAGAAGAGAAACCAUACAGAUGCUUGGAGUGUGGCAAGGGCUUUUGUCAAAGGGCACAACUGAAUGUACAUCAAAGGAUCCAUACAGGAGAGAAACCAUAUAGAUGUUUGGAGUGUGGAAAAAGCUUCAGUUGCAGCAUAAGCCUGACUUUACACCAAAGGGUUCACACAGGAGAGAAACCAUAUGGAUGCUUGGAGUGUGGAAAAAGCUUCAGUCACAGCACAAACCUGACUUCACACCAAAGGAUUCACACAGGAGAAAAGCCUUAUACAUGCUCAGAGUGCGGAAAAAGCUUCUGUCAAAGUGCACAACUCACUGUACAUAAAAAGAUUCACAAAGAAGAAAAACCAUAUACAUGCUCAGAGUGUGGCAAGGGCUUCAGUCAAAGUGCACAUCUCACUUCACACCAAAGGAUUCACACAGGAGAGAAACCAUAUAAAUGCUUGGAGUGUGGAAAGGGCUUUAGUCAAAGGGCACAACUGAAUGUACACGAAAGGAUUCACACAGGAGAGAAACCAUAUAGAUGCUUGGAGUGUGGAAAAAGCUUCAGUCACAGCACAAACCUGACUUCACACCAAAGGAUUCACACAGGAGAGAAACCAUAUAAAUGCUUGGAGUGUGGCAAGGGCUUUAGUAAAAGGGCACAACUGAAUGUACAUCAAAGGAGUCACACAGGAGAGAAACCAUAUAGAUGCUUGGAAUGUGGAAAGGGUUUCAGUCACAGCAGGAGCCUGAUUUCACACCACAAGAUUCACACAGGAGAGAAACCAUAUAGCGUCACGUAAUUAUUUUUGACUCAAUACUUAAUGGAAAUGGUGGAUUCCAUGUAGCAAAGGUUAGAGUCAAUUGUUUAACUUCUGCAACAUUUAUGGCCAAAUUCAGACCAUCCUGAUUUUUAAAUAGCUCUCUCUUCUCAUAUUUGUGUAUAUGACUGUGACAUUAUCCUUGGAGGAGAUUUCAAUAAAGUGCUGAGUCCCCUUC